AUGCAGCCUGCAGAGACUGUUGUGCUCCUGAUAAUGGACAUUGCAUAUACCACACCAAUUUCAAGUACCACACAAACCUCUAGUACCACACCAAUUUCUAGUACCACACCAACAUCAAGUACCACACCAACCACAAGUACCACACCAACCUCAAGUACCACACCAACCUCAAGUACCACACCAACCUCUAGUACCACACCAACCUCAAGUACCACACCAUCCCCUACCACUACACCAGGCACAAGCACAUCAUCACCAACGCCCAGAACGUAUACAACAGAACCGACCACGACAUACAGUGGUGACGACUCGCUCGAUGCGCUAGAAUGGCCGAAUGAAGCUUUAGACGCUCUGGAUUCGGACCUUAUUUUUGACACCAUCGUCAGAGUAGAAAUGACAGAACAGUGUGUUGUUUCAACAACGUACAGUGACACAGUUAUCUUUCCUGAUUGCGAUGAGUUUUGUGUAGGUCAUAACUACACGCGCGGAACUUGUGAUGUAGCUGUCUACGACAAUACCACAAACACCAUUAGGGCCAUCUGUAUCUGCGUGCCCCUUAUACCUGUCAGUACAACACCUGCAACGCCAUCUGACCAAAACACUACAGCAGCAGAUACGCGAUACUACACCUUACAAUCAACUGAACCUUUGUGCCAGCCGUACAAUGAAUCCAACUCGGAAGUGGAAUGGCCUUGCUGUAACAAGCACUGUCAAGCCAACGGCGACUCCAUAGGAAUCUGUGUCAUGUUGCUCAAUAACUUGGACAUGGAGUCAAGUUGGUUUUGCGUGUGUUUCGGGGCAGAUAAUCCAACCACGACGGUUGAACCUGCUUUUCGCAUCCCACAAGCACUUCAAGCCAAGACUGGGAAUCUUAGUAGGAAGUAAAGAACUAAUGAAAUCAUGAAUGCUGUUAUUUUGUAGCAGAAGAUGGU